GAUUUGGACGUGUUUUUUCGUGGUGCGCAAAGUCUAUUUAUAAAACGUCGCGUCCGCCAACCAAAAACAAAUUGUGCAAAAGCCCGUUUGGAAGAAAACUGUAUUUCUGUGGUUAACAACGUGAAUGUGAAAAAAAUCUGCGAUGAGCGACGAACUUUACCAGAUCGAAACGCGCCGACGUUCGCGCUCCAAGACGCCAUUCCUCCGCUCCAGCUGCGAUCAUGAGAAUUGCGAGCAUGCGGGGGAAGAGGGGCAUGUUCACCAUAAGAAGAAGAAAUCCUCAAUGGCGCCAAAUGUGCAAACCAUUGUGGAGGAGCACGUGGUGGAGACCCGUACGACAACCACCACAGGAGGCAGCACCAGCGGCAACAGCAGCGGCAACAGUAGCAUCAACAGUCGCAAUAGCAACAACAAAGCCACGCGCUCAAAAGCAUUUACCCAUCUAACCUCUGACUAUUCAAGCGAUGAAACAUCGCCGGAUUACAGACGCAAACAGAUGUCCGGCAGUGCAGCAGCAGGCAGCACGGCAACAUCUACGUCCACGGUGACCAGCAUGUUCACCAGCACCAGCAAGCGAUUGGGCAAUGCUUUAAACAGCAUCACUGCUGUCACUUCCACGCCACGCAGCCAACUGGAGACUAAACAAAAUGUGCUCAACUCAACGCACGAGUUGCAACAACAGCAGAAGCAGCAUCAGCAGCAGCAACAUCAGCAGCGUAGCCGACGCUCUAAUGGUAAUUCGCCGGCUAAUUUAAGCGGCGAUCAUCUGGCCUACAUUGAAUACAGAGAUGCGGGCGAGUACUGGAACAAAACACCGAAAACGGAUUAUACGUACUCGGAGCUGUCGCCGCAUCGGCGCCAGUUGGCGCCAGGGAUUGUGGCGAUGCCGAAUAUGUCGCGUCGCAGCCUGGCGCAUCAUGAUGAACGUGUCGAUUACAUGGUGCGUCAGAAUCCCGCCCAGGAGGAGUUUAUCCGUCGUCGCUAUCAGACGCAGACAACCACAUCACGCCUCAACUACGACUCCGGCGAUGAGGUGGACCAAAUGCACUAUUUUGACCAACAGCAGCAGCAGCAGCAGAGAUGGUGGCUCGCCCGCUUCAUCAGCAUCAUUGUCAGCGGCAUGAGCAACAUGUGGACACGAAUCACAACAAUCGGAAAUGCAUCGGCAUCUUCGGAGUCAGCAGCAUAUCACAACUAUUACGCCAGCAGAAGGCAACAGCAGACGCAGCAUGGAUUCAUCGCUGGCAGCCUGUUGAGCCUGAUGCGCUAUGUUUACCUUGGAAUUGCAUCGGUACUUAGCCUGGACACAUGGCUGCUCCGAUCCAACAGCACUGAGAAUAAGUCCAAGAAGCGCUUCUUGCUCUUUCUACUCAUUCUGCUGCCCCUGCUGCUAUUAACGGCCUGGCUGCAGCUGCCCGAGGAGCGUCGCUUGGAGCAUUUGCAGCGCACUGAGGCGCUGCUGCCACUGAGUCUGCUUGCCACACUGCGUGGCCACUGGUCACACGCUGGCGCUGCUGUCAAAUCGUUGUGGCAGCCACAGGAUGAGGCUGCGGCCAUUAAGCUGCAAAUGGAGCAAGUGCAGCAGAACUUGCAACGGACUCUAACGCCGGAGGAGUAUGGGAAUAUACUGAAUCAUGUCAAUAGCUACGUGCAACAGCUGGUCGAACUAAAGUUGCAACAACAACCGCAACAACAACAAUUGUCUCCGCAGCAAAUACAAAUUAUUGUCAAGUUGAUGCGCGAGAAUCUGGAACAAUUUGCCGAGCAAAAGACGCAGUUCAGUGAACAGCAGCUGGCCGAUUUGGCGUUGCGUUUAAAGUUGCAACUGCAACAGUCGGGCGAGUGGCAAGCAGCGAAUCUACGCUUAAGUCCCGAACAGUUGGCGGAGAUUACGCGACAAAUCAAGGCAGAGUUCAAGCUGGAGGAAACCCAUUAUACACUGCUGCUGGAGCGCAUCGAUGUGCCACAAUUGCUGCAUCGACUGCUGAGCGCACCCGGCCUGGCAACCUUUGUGGAUGAGCGCAUCCAUCUGGCGCUGCUGCAGCAACAGGGACAAACCAGAGUGAGGGAGCAGGCGGAGGAGGGCUCUGGUCAGGCUGCCGUCGAUCAGCUGAAAAGGGAGAUAGCCUUUAUUAAGCUGACGCUGUCGGAUAAGCAUGCGGAGAAUGCGGAUCUACAGCAGUCGAUAAGCAGUCUGAAGCUCAGUCAGGAUGAUUUAUUGGAGCGCAUGCAGCAGCAUGAGCUGGCACAGGAUCAGCGCUUUAGCGGUUUACUCGCCGAAAUCGAGGCCAAGCUGGCAUCGCUAAAUGAUUCACAGUUUGCGUUGCUCAACAAACAGGUGAAACUGACGCUUGUCGAGAUUCUGGGUUUCAAGCAGCAGGCGGCCGGUGGCCAGUUGAAUGAUGUCGAUCUGCAGAGCUGGGUGCGCAACAUGUUCGUGGCCAAGGAGUAUCUGGAGCAGCAGCUGCUCGAGCUGAACAAGCGCACCGACAACAACUUACGCGCGGAGAUUGAACGCUCCAGCCUUGUGCUGAUGAGCGACAUUAGCGAGAGGCUCAAGCGGGAGAUACUCCUCACGGUGGAGGCCAAGUACAAUGGGAGCAGUCAGGUCGUGAAAUCGGAAUUGCACGAGGAUGAGGUGCGCAGCAUUGUGAAGGCCGUCCUGGCCGUUUACGAUGCGGAUAAAACGGGUCUCGUGGACUUUGCUCUGGAGUCGGCGGGCGGCCAAAUACUUUCGACACGCUGCACGGAAAGCUAUCAGACCAAGUCGGCGCAAAUCUCUGUCUUUGGCAUACCGCUCUGGUAUCCAACCAAUACGCCCCGCGUGGCCAUUUCGCCCAACGUUCAGCCCGGCGAGUGUUGGGCCUUUCAGGGCUUUCCCGGUUUUCUGGUCCUGAAGCUGAACUCCUUGGUCUAUGUCACGGGCUUUACGCUGGAGCACAUAUCGAAGAGUCUGUCGCCAACGGGACGCAUUGAUUCCGCACCGCGCAACUUUACCGUUUGGGGUCUGGAGCACGAGAAAGAUCAAGACCCAGUGCUGUUCGGUGAAUAUGAGUAUCAGGAUAAUAAGGCAUCGCUACAAUACUUUGCCGUACAAAACGUCGACAUCAAGCGUCCAUUUGAGAUCGUCGAGCUGCGCAUCGAGUCGAACCAUGGCCAACCGGACUAUACGUGUCUAUAUCGCUUUCGGGUGCACGGCAAGCCGCCAAGCACAUAGUGUACUCAGGGAUCCAGGACCCAGGUCUAACUACAAGUUCAGUCAACUGUACAUAAUUUCAGUGCCUUAAAAAGGAAACUCAACAAUACUUACAACAACCACAACUACAACAACCAUAACAACAAACAACUACUUACAAAAUCUAAAAUCUAACACUAUACAAAACGUUAGGCUAUAGUAUGUAAGUGUUUUUUGUAUGAUAAUUAAGUUUUGUAAAAUUGUAAGCAGAUAUUUUGUAUAUACCUUAAUAGUUUAGCACUAAGCUAGUUGUGUCCACAGUACAGUUGUCCCAUAAUAUUUAUUCUGAUUUAGUUGGAUUUAUGUUGCAAGAGAAUCUGUAAUGAAUACCCAGCAGAAUGCAGCACUGAGAAAAUCAAGCUAAUUUUAAAUUGUUUGCCAUUUUGAGAACGUUAUAAACUUAAUAGUCAUAGGUGUAUAACUAACUUAAUUGAGCCAUAUGCUUGCUAUAUGUUUACAACACAAUUUACUUAUUGUGUAUUAAUCUUUAGUUAUUAUUAAGUUUAUUUUAAGUUUAAGCAGAAGUACGAAAUAAUUGUAAAUGCCAUAAAAAAAUGGAAUUGAAAUUUAUAUCCUAACUUAUCCAGCCAGCAAUAAACUGAAAAUCGUUGAAAUGACAAUUCAUAAUUCAAUAGCUCAUCUGGUUAAAGAAUAAUUAUGUUCUUUCGAUAAGACUCAACAUAUCUCGAACUAAACUUUAUUUUAACACAGUUUACAUGUAUACGUUCAAAAUAUGCUUAGAAAAUGAAUCCAAAAAUAGUUACUAGCUUAACAAAUAAUUAAUAAAAUACAUAUGCUAUA